UGAUUUCCAAUAGUGUCCCUGGAAAUUUGACUCCCUAAACAUACGGCGGCGUUCGUCAACGACGAGAUCUUCCGGUCAUCCAAAUCCACUUUCGAGUUCAUCUUUCACGGGGAUCCUGCGUGAACCUCCGAGGACUGUAGCCUUGAUUGACCGCAGAAGAGGAGCAUGGGGGAUCUAUUUGUGUGGCUUAUAUCAUUCUUCUCCCUCGUUGCUCUUCUGAUAGUCCUUGUUUAUCAGCUCAUGUGCUUGGCGGAUCUCGAGUUUGAUUAUAUCAACCCCUAUGACUCUGCUUCUAGAAUAAAUAAAGUGGUUAUGCCGGAGUUCGUUGCUAUAGGAGUUUUGUGCCUCUUCUAUCUUUUAACAGGGCAUUGGGGUAUGUCAAUGUUAUGUGGACCGUACAUAUAUUAUAAUGUGAGACUGUACCUACGAAGACAGUACCUGGUAGAUGUUACAGAGAUAUUCAAUAUGCUAAACUGGGAAAAGAAGCGACGGCUUUUCAAACUAGCCUAUCUAGUUUUCCUCCUCUUCCUUUCUAUAUUUUGGAUGAUAUACUCUGCUUUGGAAGAUGAUGAAUAAAUAGAAACAACUGCUUGCAUGCUGAUGCCAUCAGUUGUGAGUUGAAUUCUAUCCUUAAAGUACCUUCUUAGAAGCUGCUGCACUUUGCAGAUAUCAAUGACAUUCUUGUUGAGCCGGGAACUUCGUUAAGUGCCAAUACUGUUCUGUUAGGUACUUUUCAUGGUUGAAAUAUGAAUGAUGUCUCUCUCUCUCACACACACACCACCAGCACUCACAAUUUAGGAAUGGCGGUUACAUUAUAAUGUUGCUCUAUGGUGGAAGUCUCACAUUCUUUAGUUAUUGUUUCUUGUAAUUCUUCUUCUUGUAGCAAGUAGAAAAUCAUGUUUGAGAACAUUAUUUAUAUAUUUUUAGACAGGAUAAAGAGAUUGUUUGUUGAUGAAAGUAUUUCUUUUCAAGUGGAA